CGUCUGCCCUGGUUUCGCCGUGACCGUACGUCCCUUUUUAAGGCCCUGUCCCGGGCGUCCAGAGGAGCCUUUGUCCCGUGUGGGGUGCGGGGGCGAGCGGAGAGCGCAGGUGCCAGCCCCCCGCAGGGGGAGCCAGGGCUCAGGCUGGAGGCUCAGUGUAGCCGCUGUUUGUCGACAAAAAACCUCCACCCCCCACAAGCGGCAGCAGCUUGGCCGGCAGGAGCGCUGGUCACACGGCACUUUUCCUCGGUGACACUCAUGGCCUUUGGGGGGUGGUUUGGUGCCAGUGUGGACACACCCUGAGCCUGCUGGGGACAGGGCCUAGUUCUGAUCCUGCUGCCGGGGCUCCCCCUCCCGCGCUGCCCCCGCAGCCUGACUCACUCUGCCCGGAUUGGCUCAGGCUGGCAGCUGCGGGCGCAGAGUUGAGGAAACACAGACAAAGGGAGAAGUUGGCAGGGGGGUGUGGGCUGCGGAGGGACUGAAAGCACCUGGGGAUCCUGGGCCCCUCGGCCCGCUGCCCUGACGCCCACCAGAGCCUGGAUCCCCCUUCCCCUGCCAGGAUGCUGCUCCCUCUGCUCCUCCUCCCCUGGGCAUGGGGGGCCCUUGCUGCCUCCCCUCCUGUCCCCACAGUGUCUGUCACCCUCCGGGUGCUCCACAUCGAAGUCUUCCACAACGCCAGCUCCAUGGACGUGUGGGGGAUGGCCCUGCUGGGCGACCUGGAGACCCACUCCCUGGCCUGCAGCACCUGCGAGAUCCGCUUCCUGCAGCCCUGGGCCCGGCAGACCCUGACCCCGAAGGAGUGGCAGGACCUGGAGCUGGUGAUCCAUCGCUCCCUGUCUUACUUCAGCAGGAUUGUGAACAGAAUAGUUCAGCACCUGGGAAAGGGCUACCCCUUUGUUACCCAGGGCUCCCUCGGCUGCGAGCUGCACCCCAACGGCACCUCGAGGCGAUUCUAUGAUGGCGGAGUGAACGGCGAGGACUUCAUCAGCUUAGACGUGGACGCAGGCAAAUGGGUCGCUCGGCAGGGGGAUAAUGUGGUUGCGCGCUACACCCGGGACCUUCUCAACCAGGAUAAAGGCACAGUGAGCCAGCUUCAGCUUCUCCUCAGCAUGACGUGCAUCAAGCUAAACAAGAGCUUUGUCCAGCAUGGGAAUGAGUCUCUGGCGAGGCAAGAGCGGCCGGUCGCCGUGGUGUUUGCCCGAGCGCCUCCCGCAGCUGGGACCCCCGCGCCGGUACUGCUGGUUUGCCGGGUCACCGGUUUCUACCCCCGGCCCGUCCGCGUGGCCUGGCUGCAGGACGGGGAGGAGGUGGUGCCGGGCGGGCGGCUGAACUCCAGCGGGAUCCUGCCCAACGCGGACCUGACCUACCAGCUGCGCAGCUCCCUGGGCGUGGAGCCGGGCGCCGGGCACAGCUACGCCUGCCGGGUGCAGCACAGCAGCCUGGGGGGCCAGAGCCUGCUGAUCCCCUGGGUCCGGCCCCCCCUGUUUUACAGAGCAGAGCAGGCCCUGGGGCCCCGGCCUGGCCGUGUGCAUCACCCUGGGGGUUGUGGCCAUAGCCGCUGUGGCCGUGGUGCUGUGGCGGAGCAGACGCAGGGGCUACCAGGACGUUAGACCAGGGGAGUCCAGGCCCUGAGGGAGCGGCACCGGCCCAGGCAUGGUGAUCGGCCCCUCCCUGGGGACAUGGACCUUGGGGCUGGAUCCCUGCCCGGCUCCAGAGCUGAGGGUCCCCCGAGGGCCGGUCUGGAUCGAAGCACUGUGGGAUCGGGGCCUAGGACGCUCAGGGGGGGCUGGACACUUGGGGGCGCUGUGGGAUCGCUGGGAUCCUGGUUACAAAGCUUCUGAUCUGCUGUGCGGGGGCAUCGCAUUGGGUUCCCGCCUUGGGCCGACGCUAUAAGGGGGGCGCAGGGAGGGGCGCAGGACAAGGGGGCCAGGCCUGAGACCGCCCCUGCUUUCCCCUGGGAUCCCGGCUGGAGCCAGCCAGGGCUGCCCCGGGGCAGGGAUGGGCCCAGGCUACGGAGGAGUCUGGCCUGUGAAAGAAGCUUCUUC